UCCGGUCCUGUGGGGACGCGGACCACAGUGAAGAGCGUCGCACUAGCGAAGAGAGGUCUGUGUCGGACCCGUAAGAUGAUGAGGAGAGGAGUCCAACAGUGACCGGGACUGACCGGGACCAGCGCUGGUCCGGGCGGUCCUGGCGCUGCAGCUGCGGUUGUUACCGGUCCGGGUUUGUUAAUGUCAUACAGGUGCGCGCUGACAGGGAAACGUGUAAAGUACUCAGAUUCCAGAGCAUAACCUGUAACCUACUGGUUACAGAGGUGGAUUACAGUAGUUUGGACGGAGUCACGAGCUGCCUCCUCCAGAGAGGACAGAGUUCAGAAGGGUCUCGCCUCAUAUUUAAUGCUCUGAGAGUGAGGACAGCAGCAGGAAAGCUCACCUUCUCUUUUCACUGCGACUGUCACCGUUUUACCCGAGGGCCCGUGUGCACCAGUUCGUCCUGUUCUGCAGGUUGAUUUGAAACGGGGAGUGCAAACCAACGGCAGAGACUGCAUACCUGCACUCUGAAGGCUGACUGCACGGGGAGGUGGGGGCCGCUGCUCCAUAACAACUAAAAUGAAGAACGAGUGCACUUAUGUGUGUUUGUGCUUGAACUCACACACUCAGGUGUGACACAGGACUGUGAUUAUACUGCUCUUCAUCACUCUGACCUCUGUGUUUCCUGAGGAGGAGGAAGAAGACUGUCGGUGGAUCAACAUCUGGGUCCAGGAAUGGCUCAGUCUCCAGAUCCUGAUCUCACCGUCGUCCUGAUGGGACGCAGUGGAGUGGGAAAGAGCGCUUCUGGUAACACGAUUUUAGGACAAGCAGCGUUUAAGUUGAGUGGAGGGUGGGGACCGAUGACGAUGGGAAUCCAACAGGAAACAGGAACCAUUUUAGGAAAGCUGAUCCGAGUGAUCGACACUCCGGGAAUUGUAAGAUCAAAAGAGAAAGUGAAAACCUGCUGCCAGGGUCUCCUGCAGUCCUCCACCCCUCUGCUGUUCCUGGUGCUGGUUACAACUGGUCGUUUCACAGAUGAGGAAGAGGAGGCUGUGCAGGCAGCCAUCACAGUCCUUGGCGAUGAAGGUCUGGCAAACAGCUUCCUGCUCUUCACAGGUGGAGAUGAGCUGAACGUGUCACUGCAGGAUCACAUCAGCCAGUCUAAGAGAAGCCCACUCCAAGACGUCGUUAAGAAGUUUGGGGACAGGUAUCAUCUGUUCACCAAUGAAGAGCCUAAAGACAAGGGGCAAGUGGGAGAGCUGCUGAGGAAGGCUGAACGCCACAGGACCCGCGAGCUGUUGGGAUUCAAAGCAGAAGGUUUCUCCAUCGUCCUGCUGGGAAACACCGCUGUGGGCAAAAGCGCUUCUGCAAACACCAUCAUAGGCCGAGCGGCGUUUGAGUCGAGGGCUUCCCUCAAAGCGGUGACGACAGGAAUCGGAGAGGAAACGGGACAGAGGUUUGGGAAGCGGAUCACGGUGAUCGACACUCCGGGACUUUUAGGAUCAGAGGAGCUGAUUGAAAAGUACUACCUGGGCCUGCCCCGUUCCUCCACACCUGUUCUUCUGUCCCUGGUGGUGGUCAGAGUCGGUCGGUUCACCGAGGAGGACCGGCGUGCCGUGGAGACGGCGAUCAGAGUCCUCGGGCCUCGGCGGUUUGAGAACAGCUACCUGCUGUUCACAGGAGGAGACGCCUUAAAGGACAAAAGUCUGCAGGACUUUGUUUCUGAAGAUGAAGCAGGUCCUCUCCAUCAGGUGGUGCAGAGGUUCGCAGGGAGGACUCACCUGUUCAACAAUGAAGGAGGAGGACGAGAGCAGGUCAGAGAGCUGCUGCAGAAAGCAGCUGAUCGUCUCAUGGCGUCUCUCACACUGGUGGACAGGAGAGUCAUUCUGAUUGGUCUGUCUGGAGGAGGGCGGAGCUCAGCAGGAAACACCAUCCUGGGAUCGGAGCGGUUCCCGACAGGAUGUGGGUUUGAACCGGUCCCAGCUGAGGUGGUCUCUGGGUCAGCAGCAGUGGAGGGCUGUUGGAUCACCGUGGUCGACACUCCAGGAUUCACAGCCAGAGACUCAGAUGAAGAUCAGCUGGAAAAACGACUCGGGAUGAUUAGAAAACAGUCUGAUCCAGGACCUCACGCCGUGGUGUUCGUGGUCAGGAUAGGCAGGAUGUCCAGGGAAGACUCUGCGCUCCUCACCGCUCUCAUAAAAAUGUUUUAUAAUCAUCCUAGUAACUUCUCCAUGGUGCUCUUCACUCACGGAGAUGAGCUGAGAGGUCGGUCCAUUGAUCAGAUGAUCCAGUCUAACAGCUGUGUGUCUGCACUGGUCUCCGUGAGUUGUGGCAGAUUCUGUGUGUUUGACAAUAAUCAGAAAGGAAACAGAAAGCAGGUCAGAGAGUUCCUCCAUCAUGUAGAGAACAUCAUCUCAGAGAAGAGAGGAGAACACUUGGACCUAUAUGUACGGUCUACGGGAAUAAACUGGCUGAGUGAGGAAAGGGAGCAAAUGAAGACAAGGCACAUGCACAUGCACAGGGACAUGGACUGGUACAUGCACAGGGACAUGCCCAUGAGCAUGAGCAUGCGCAUGCUCAUGCUCAUGCACAGGGACAUGAGCAUGAUAUACCGUCCCAGAACGACUGUACAGAUCUGCUGUGGGUGUUUUUGCAGCACAGCCAGCCGUCUGGACAAACUCUUCAGAGAGCUGAAUGUCUGACUGUGAUUGGUGGAUGUUGACUGACUGGACUUUGUCUGCUUCCUGUUCAGGAUCAGCAGUUUUCUGAAACAUGAUUGGCCCUCUGUACUGUAACUUUUACUCCAGUACUGUUUCAUAGUACUUGUACUUUGUGUAAAACAAACAUAAAUACUUCAAACACUUUCCAUCUGAAUUGUUUGCAUUAAGAUCAGCUGACACAUUAAAGUACAGAGACAUGAGUGAAUCAACACGGUUAUUGCCAUGGUAACAGGUGUGUAUCAGGCUCACAUCAGUGAUUUAAUUUCUCCCUCACUGUGGAGGAUCGUCCACCGUCAGCAAAUUCAAUCUAACUUUAUUUAAAAAGCUUCUGUCCUGAAACAAACACGGUCACUGUGAUGGGGUUUGUUUGUGACGCUUCCUCUCGUCAUUAGUUUCUCUGGUUAUUGAUCUGCAGCACAGGCUGUUAGCAUGUAGCUCAUCACAAACAAGAAGAAACCUGAUCAGUGAUCAAUACCAUCCGACCAGCAGGAAGUGAUGUAGAGGUGAGUCGCUCUGAUCCUGCAGUGGCUGACCAGCUGAUCACCAUAGAAGAAGAGUGAGGAUGAGGAGGAGCUAAAGCUCUUGGCUCAGGCACAGCUAGCCCGCUAACAUACCUGUGUGUGGCAUUAAAGGUCACACAGAGAGCAGUUUAAGCACAUGAACCACACACCUGUACUUACGAUGCAGGUGGAAAAGAUUAAUGUUUUAUAAUUUUCUCCUUAUUCGUGCAGAUAAAAUA